AUGGAUUCCAACAAGGAUGGUCUUAUCGACAUCUCUAAUAAGACGCAGGAAUACAUGGACGUCAUUGGCUUCUUCCUUUCUUCCAUGGGCAAGAAGUUUGAGAAGGAUCAAGUCUCAGUCCGAAAGCUGCAACGAGUCCAAUCCGAGUCACAAUGGCAACAAUAUGCUAUCAAGAUUGGAACAAUGAGAGAACACUUUUCACAGAAACCUGGACACUUGGUCAACAACAAGGAUGUAAAUGGUCUGGAACAGAGGUGGCUUUUCCAUGGAACAGCAGCCAAAACAGUCCCAAAGAUCGUCAAGCAAAACUUUAACCGGUCUUUUGCAGGUCAAAAUGGAGUCAAAUUUGGCUCUGGUGUGUAUUUUGCAGCCAAUGCUCCCUUUGCUUGCAACUUUACCUAUCCUGAUGAAAUGGGCCAUCAUCAUAUGUUCUUGUGUCGUGUGGCAGUUGGUGACUGGUGCAAAGGAUCAAAAGGCCAGAAAGUGCCUGACUCAAAACCAUGGAGUCAACACGAAUUGUUUGAUUCUACUGUUGACAAUGUGUACAAUCCCUCCAUUUUUGUGGCGUACCAUGAUGCGCAAGCCUAUCCUGAGUAUCUUGUGUCUUUCAAGUUGAAACAAUGA